GAAUCGUGUGGGAGAAGCACCUUUAACAGGUACUCGUCCAUGACCGAUGUCGAUGUUUUGGACAGGCUGGAGAAAAUACGGCAAUACUGUUCAGGGCACAGAAGUUAAUUUGUUGGCAGAAGGGCUUUUGUUGAAGUUUACCGGCGCUUUUCGCUUGUAAAAUACUUGCAUAGUGUUCUAUUUGAUCAAUAUUGGUAAAGAGAAAACACAAGCGAGCCGAGUUUUCAAGAGCAGAGACGCUGCGCUGGGUAGGUUGAGUCUAUACGGUCCUCAUGUAACAUUUAAGUCCAGCCCCCUGUGACACGCACAGCCAAAACGGAACUGUAUUACAGACAGCGAGUGUGUAAGGAAAGCGUCUGACGAAAGAGAAAUGGCGGAAGUUGCUCCAGCUCCAGCCGCUGCCGCUCCGGCAAAGGCUCCUAAGAAGAAAGCAGCAAGCAAGCCCAAAAAUGCAGGGCCCAGCGUUGGACAGUUGAUCGUGAAAGUUAUUUCUGCCUCCAAGGAGAGGAGCGGAGUGUCUCUGGCCGCAUUGAAGAAAGGUCUGGUCGCCAAUGGCUACGAUGUGGAGAAAAACAAUUCACGCGUAAAGCUAGCUGUUAGAAGCCUGGUGACCAAGGGGACUUUGCUUCAGACUAAGGGAGUCGGCGCCUCUGGCUCAUUUAAGCUCAACAAAAAACAGGAGAGUGUAAAGAAGCCCGCUAAGAAAGCAGCUCCUAAAGCUAAGAAGCCCGCUGCGGUCAAGAAGGUAGCGGCGAAGAAGCCUGCGGCCAAGAAGUCGCCGAAGAAGAAGCCCGCUGCAGCUAAGGCGAAGAAGAGCCCAAAGAAGCCCAAGAAGCCGACAACAGUGGCGAAGAAGCCAGCCAAGAGUCCGAAGAAAACCAAGAAGCCGGCAGCAGCAGCUAAGAAGGCGACCAAGAGUCCUAAGAAAGCAAAGGCGGCCAAGCCAAAAGUUGCCAAACCUAAGACCAGCAAAGCCAAGAAAGCGGCUCCCAAGAAGAAGUGAACGCCUAUACUGUAACGUAACAUCACCAAGCGCCAAAGGCUCUUUUAAGAGCCAUCCACAGUUUCUUGAAAGUGCAAGUUUCAUUAUUUCGUUCUUGUAUGCCUGGGAGCUCAUGACAAGCCCUUCCAUGUGCAUAGUUGCGGAUAUAUAUAUGAUUGAACGCAAAGGGAAAGCUUGUCAGCCGUCUCUGUGCAUGCCUCCAGAUACAUACACACACAAACUCAUUCAGGCACCACUACAAUCAGGCGCACAUGUAGACUAUACUGGUAUUCUGUGUUCAAACAAGCUGGCUGGCUUCUGCUCCCUCUAAACUCUAUGGUUCAUAGGUGAUUGUUAUAGAUGAACGAAUAUCAAUAUACCGGUUUAAGUUACUUGAUAUUGAGCGGAAUCCCUAUCACUGUGGAGGAGAAUAAAACCGACAGAAAAGAAAGAAAAAUAGAGUCAAAGUAAAAACCGUUUUAAUGUGGAAAUGAACUGAAGAAU